UUGUCGCAUCGCGUAUUGGCCGAGCCAAGUUGUAAACGACACCUCCCGUGCAGUUGUUGGUAACCAAAACGACCCCACCCCUCUUCUCUCUCACACGCAUUACAUAUCAGGGUCUCAACCCUCGCCCUUGCGCUCCUCUUCCCUGACCAUUUCUUCUUCUUAUCGCCUCCUCCGUUGACCUGUCACUUCCCAUCCUCCGAACCUAAAAUCUCCGAUUCAAACUUUCAGAUCCGCCAACCUCAACCUUCGUUCACGCAACUUCAAGAUCUAGUUGAAUCUCCACCGGCAACUCACGAUUUGCAGCUCUUUCCGCUGAAAUCCCCUUCAGAUCUGGGUUUGUCUUCCAUUUUCAUCGAUCUGUUAGGGUUUUCUAGUUGGACAUGUCGAUUUUACCGAAAGGCGAUUCGGUUCAAAUCAGGGAGGUAUGGAACGAUAACCUAGAGGAGGAGUUCGCUUUGAUCCGUGAAAUCGUUGACGAAUACAACUAUGUCGCCAUGGAUACUGAAUUCCCCGGUGUUGUUCUUCGUCCCGUUGGGAACUUCAAGAAUAUCAAUGACUACAACUACCAGACCUUGAAGGACAACGUUGACAUGUUGAAGCUGAUCCAAUUAGGUCUCACUUUCUCUGACGAGCACGGCAACCUCCCCACCUGUGGCACUGAGAGCUCCUGCAUCUGGCAAUUCAACUUCCGUGAGUUCAACAUCAGCGAGGACAUCUUCGCCAGCGAUUCGAUCGAGCUUCUGCGCCAAUGUGGCAUUGAUUUCAAGAAGAACAACGAAAAAGGUAUUGAUGUGAACCGGUUCGGGGAGCUUCUCAUGUCAUCGGGGAUCGUGUUGAACGAUGGUGUGAGUUGGGUAACCUUCCAUAGCGGUUACGACUUCGGUUACCUCCUCAAGCUGUUGACGUGCCGAAGCUUGCCGGAUACGCAGGCAGGGUUCUUUGAACUGAUCAAGAUGUAUUUCCCGAUGUUGUAUGAUAUCAAGCAUUUGAUGAAGUUCUGCAACAGUCUCCAUGGUGGGUUGAACAAGCUCGCGGAGUUGUUGGAUGUUGAGAGAGUUGGUGUGUGCCAUCAAGCUGGAUCGGAUAGCUUACUCACUUCUUGUACAUUUAGAAAGUUGAGGGAUACAUUUUUCAGUGGCUCCACGGAGAAAUAUGCUGGUGUCUUGUAUGGUUUAGGUGUUGAGAAUGGACAAACUAAUUGAAAGAAAGAAAUUAUAAUUGGUUGUAGAGUAAGAAGAGUAAGUCUAAGUGUGAGUCCUUUUUUUUUUCUCUCUUUUUCUUUCUUACUUGUGUACACUUUCUGCCAAAAAGAAUGGUUGUUGUUUACCUGUAACAUUUCUCAUCCUUGUUUGGAACUGUAACUGAAAAAAACCUUAGCUGGUUUUGUUAGCCCUUUGAGUUCUUUGUAAAUCACUUAAGUUUAGUCCUUCAAUAAUAAUUUAUGAUGAUGAUUCCUUUUAGUUUUA